UGGGUGGUUGAAAGAUGUUAUACACGAGCACGAUCACUCCUCCGUUGAAGAUCGGUCUUCAAAUCCUCGGCGUGUGGCCGGACACGCCAUACAAUACUUUUCACCGGUUGAUUUAUAUGUCAAUUAUGCUGGCCGUCUAUUAUUUUCAGCAACUGUACAUAAUUACGAACUGGAAAGUCAGUGAAUUCGAGGAUCUUGUAGGCUACUUAACAAUGGUAUUAUAUUACCUGUUGACUAUCCUUAAGCUGACGAUACUUUGGAUGAAUCGUCGCAUAAUUCGCGAACUAUUGUCUGCUAUCGACACUGAUUGGCGCGAGGGCGUUAAGAUCGAUCAGCAUUUGCAGUUGAUGAGGGCGAAAGCUACCAACUCGCAGUUUUGUACAAUCGCUUUGUUGGGUGUCGACUUGGGUGCCUCGAUAAUCUACUUUGGGGGUGAAAAUGUGGCAGCUAUCAUGCAUUCGAUGGACGAUGACAAUUAUACUUCACGACCAUUUCCAUUGAAGGUGUCACUUCCUUCUGGGGCCCAGCAAUCGCCAUUAUACGAGUUGCUGGUCGUUUUUUUAUUUAUACACGCGAUGUUAACGGUAUAUACGGUUGAUAUUAUAACCGCAUUUAUCUCUGCUCUGAUAUGUCAUGUAAGCGGACAAUUCGAUAUCAUAUAUUAUGAGUUGAGAACUUUGUCUGUGAAAAUAUCCUACAACGAAUCUAAAUUUACAAUAAAAAUGCUGAUCGAAAAGCAUAAUAAAGUCAUCGAAUUUGCCAAUAAUGUCGAAAAGCUAUAUUCCGUCAUAAUUUUUAUGCAAGUUUUUCCUAAUACAACAGUUAUGUGCUUGAUGGCAGUCGUAUCUCUUUAUGGUGACGAUGACGUCGGACUGGCGCAAGGCUCAAUAGGUUACAUCACCCUGGCGGCGGAAAUAUUUGUAUAUUGUUUUAUGGGAGAACAUCUUGGUAUUAAGAGUAGGUCACUUGCUGAUGCGGGGUACGACUGUUUAUGGUAUAAUAUGUCACCUAGCUACAGUAGAAAUAUAUUACUGAUAAUAUUGAGAUCUCAGAAACAAUUGACUAUGACUGCCGGAGGAGUAAUAAAUUUAUCAUUAGAAGCCUUCACAAGUAUCAUGAAAGCUUCGGCAUCGUAUAUAUCUGUUUUGCAUGCGACAAUUUAAAAAUAUUAUCAAAUGAAAUUAUACAAUAAUUAUAAAUUAAUUCUUGAUUAAUAGAUCUGUUCAAAUUGUAAUCGGAGAUUUUGCAGGUUUACAAAAUCCCGGCCUAUUUAAUACGAUAGAAUAUAUAUCUCUCUUUGUUAUUUUAUUGUUAUGUGUCGCACAU